CCCUAAGAUAUGCUUUUGAAGGCAUUAUAUAUAAAUUAUCUACUGGGCUAUAUUUAGCAUUUAGCAACAUAUUACUGUUAAUAAGAAUCGUACUACCGCUAAUACGUUCAGUAUAAAUUGUCAAAUGGAGUUCAGUAAGUAACUUUUAUAUAUAUGCAUGUAAAAGGUGGCAUUCUCUGGAAUUGAUUAACAUAGAGACGAGCUUCAUUAAUUAAUUAUUAUUAUUAUUAUUGUUUUUUUUAAUGAAAUUGUGAAUACAGGUUUAUGUUGUGUACAUGGGUGACAUGCCAAAGGAAGAAGUUUCCACAUCGCUUCUUCACCUAAGUAUGCUGGAAAGGGUCAUACGCAGCAAUGAUAUUGUUCCAGCUGAAUCUCUCCUUCAUAGCUACAAAAGGAGUUUCAAUGGUUUUGCUGCCAAGCUUACAAAGGAAGAGGCAGAUAAAAUAUCUAGAAUGAAGGGAGUAGUGUCAGUGUUCAAAAGUCGAAAGAUGAAAUUCCAUACAACAAAGUCAUGGGAUUUCAUCGGAUUUCCACAUAAUGUUAAAAGAUCCAAAAUUGAAAGCGACAUCAUUGUAGGAAUUAUUGACAGUGGAAUUUGGCCAGAAUCUCCUAGCUUUCAUGACAAAGGAUUUGGUCCACCACCUGCCAAAUGGAAGGGCACUUGCCAGGGCUCAUCCAACUUUACUUGCAACAACAAAAUUGUCGGAGCAAAGUACUACAAAGCCGAUGGACAAUUUUCAAAAGACGAUUUACAGUCACCAAGAGAUUCAGAUGGGCAUGGGACACACACAGCAUCUACAGCAGCCGGAGGCAUAGUGAACAAAGCAAGUCAAUUGGGAUUUGGGUUUGGGACCGCAAGAGGAGGAGUUCCAUCAGCUCGUAUUGCUGUCUAUAAAGUAGGCUGGUCUGAUGGCAUCGAUGAUGCUGACAUUCUAGCAGCAUUCGAUGAUGCAAUCGCCGAUGGCGUCGAUAUAAUCUCGGCUUCUAUCGGAACAGAAGAACCUCAAGAUUAUUUCAUGGGUGGAGUGGUAAUUGGAUCCUUUCAUGCUAUGAGAAAAGGAAUAUUGACCUCUACCUCUGCUGGUAAUGAUGGUCCAAGCCCUUUUACUAUCACAAACUUGGCACCUUGGCUUCUUUCUGUUGCUGCCACCACCAUAAAUCGAGAGUUUUUGACCAAGGUUUGGUUGGGUAACAACAAGAUCUUUGAGGGCGAUCAAAUAAAUCCAUUUGACCUCAAAAAUCAAACAUUUCCCUUAAUAUAUGGUGGAAGCGCAUCAAACAGCGGAUAUGAUGCCAGCGAAUGCGACAUAAACUCGUUGGACGAAAAAUUGGUGAAGGGUAAAAUUGUUUACUGCGAUAGCAAUUCAGAUGGAGAAGGACCACUUCUGGCUGGUGCCGCUGGUUUUUUAGGUAAAGGCCGACUUUUUGGAGACACAAGUUUUAAUCUGCCUUUGCCUGGAUCUUCGCUUAGUUAUAACGAAGCUGGUGAAGUUUACAAGUACAUUAGAAGCAACAGCAAUCCUAUUGCAACCAUAUCGAGAAGUAAGGAGGUUACUGAUGCACGGUCCCCUUACAUACCCAACUAUUCAUCAAGAGGUCCAAAUCCAUUCACUCCUAAUAUUCUCAAACCAGAUAUAGCGGCCCCUGGAUCUGUAAUUCUAGCAGCGUGGUCUCCAAUUGCUCCAAGUACAGACUUAGGUGUUAAAGGAUUGAGGUACAAUAUAAUUUCAGGAACAUCAAUGGCUUGCCCACAUGCUACUGCUGCGGCUGCAUAUAUCAAAUCAUUCCACCCUACAUGAUCUCCUGCUGCUAUCAGAUCCUCCCUCAUGACUACUGCAAAGCGCUUAAGUUCCAAGAUCAACCCUGACGCUGAAUUUGCAUAUGGUUCUGGCCUGAUAAACCCUAUUAAGGCACCUUAUCCUGGUUUGGUUUAUGAUACUGAUGAGCUUGACUAUGUCAAGUUUUUGUGUGGAGCAGGCUACACUAAUGACGACAUUUUGCAGUAUAUAACAGGGACUAAUAAAGUCAAGUGUUCCAAAGGGAAUAGCAUAUCAGCCACUAACCUAAAUUAUCCUUCCUUUGCUCUUUCAACCUCUACUUCAGAAUCAAUCACUCACGUUUUCCAUAGGACAGUUACAAAUGUCGGGUCAGCACAUUCCAAGUAUAAAGCUAAAGUGGUUGCCCCGAAAGGACUAAAUGUAAUCGUAAGCCCUAGCGUUUUAUCUUUCACAUCUAUUGGGCAAAAGCUAUCGUUUACCGUCACCCUUAAGGGGAAAAUAGAUGGAGUCAUUGCCUCUACUUCUUUGUUGUGGGAUGAUGGUACCUUCCAAGUGAGGAGCCCCAUCAUUGUUUAUAUAGCUCCAUGAAAUGGUGAUGCAUGUAUGAGAGAAUAGAUUGAUCAGCUAGAGCUGAGGGGAAAUUACAAAAAUAAGAUUUCUAUGUACAAUUUGCUCUCCUUGUAGAGUAAAUUGUGUUAUGUGCUGUUUAUAAAAAAAAAUUAUGUGCUACGGCG